AGUGUUUGAAACAAGAUAGAAAUAAAAUGCUAGCUUUUAGAUGAGGAAAUAAUUCAAAGAAGCGAACAAAAAAACAAAAUUAUAAAACAAAAAUCGAAGACAAAACACAGAAACUUGCUGAUUCUACGAAAUUUGCUACGCAAUACAUUUUUCGUCACUGGAUUAUUAACACAAUUUUAGAAACAUUGACUCCGUUCAAAGUGAAACAUCUUGCUACAGCUACAUCAAAGCUGAUUUCGCGGCAUGUAUUGUGCCAUGAUGUCAUGAUCAUGAGCGGCACAACAAGAUCGGGGAUAUUUCUCAAUAUUAUUCUACUCCUAAUAUUGGUCAAUCCUCUGUUGGCCGUUAAGCCCCACAAGAACAAUCGCGAUAAAAAUCGGCAUCAUUCUCAAGAGGAACGUCAAUCGGAAUUUGUGAAAGGGAAAAUAUGCAUUGGAACAAAUGGCCGAAUGUCGGUACCAUCGAAUCGAGAGUUCCAUUAUAAGAACUUGAAAGAUCGAUACACAAACUGCACGUACGUUGAUGGCAACCUUGAGAUCACUUGGAUUCACAACAAUUCCUAUGACUUGAGCUUCUUGCAACACAUUCGAGAAGUCACUGGCUAUGUGCUUAUUAGUCAUGUUGACACAGAGCACGUUAAACUUCCGCGUCUCCAAAUCAUCCGUGGCCGAACGCUCUUCAAACUCAAUGUGUGGAACAGCGAGUUUGGACUUUUCGUUUCAUUCUCACAAAUGUCAACAUUGGAAUUGCCAGCACUUCGAGACAUUCUCAAUGGAUCUGUGGGAAUGUUCAACAACUACAACUUGUGUCACAUUCGAUCAAUUGAAUGGGACGAAAUAAUAUCAGGUGAAGACCCUUACAACCUUCUUAUGGUGGUGUUAGAUCCGUUGGUAGUUACAAAUGAAACAAAUAAUGGUCCAAAUGCUACCAACAUGUACACUUACAAUUUCACUUCACCCGAACGUAUUUGUCCGCCAUGUCACUCAAGUUGCGAGAAAGGAUGUUGGGGAGAAGGUCCGGAAAACUGCCAAAAGUUCAGUAAAACAAAUUGUGCUCCACAAUGUUCACAAGGAAGAUGUUUUGGUCCAAAGCCGAGAGAAUGUUGUCACUUAUUUUGUGCGGGUGGAUGUACAGGUCCAACACAAAAAGACUGCUUAGCUUGUAAAAACUUUUAUGAUGAUGGCGAAUGCAAGCAAGAAUGCCCAGCAAUGCAAAUCUAUAAUCCAACAAAUUAUCUAUGGGAGCCGAAUCCAAAUGGAAAAUUCGCUUAUGGUGCAACAUGUGUGAAGCAUUGUCCCGAACAUUUAUUGAAAGACAAUGGCGCAUGUGUUCGAACAUGUCCAAUAAAUAAGAUGGCUAAGAAUGGAGAAUGCGUUCAAUAGAUCACUGGAUAUCUGAACAUUCAAGGAUAUAAUGAACAUUUCACUAAUUUAUCGUACUUCAGAAAUCUGGAAGUCAUUGGCGGUCGUCAAUUGAAGGAAAAUUUGUUUGCGUCACUUUUCAUUGUGAAGACUUCAUUGCGAUCUUUGGGAUUAAAGUCUCUCAAAUUGGUGAAUUCUGGAGCAAUCGUGAUUGUUGAAAAUAAGCAUCUAUGCUUCGUUGAUGGAAUCGAUUGGAAUAAGAUUAAAAAGUCGAAAGAUCACGAGUCUGUUAUUACUCCCAAUAGGAACUCAACUGAGUGCAAACUUGCUGGUGAAGUUUGUUCAGAUGAAUGUUCCGCAUCAGGUUGUUGGGGACUUGGACCAGAUCAAUGUCUUGAAUGUAAAAAUUUUGUUUACAAAGGCACAUGCUUAACAAACUGUAAAAGUAUUCCAAAGAUUUAUCAAAUCGACAAAAAGAGUUGCGGCGAUUGUCAUGAACAAUGUAAAGGUUCAUGUACCGGUCCAAACUCUGAUGAUUGUCUCGAAUGUGCCAAUGUCAAAGAUGGAAAGUUUUGUGUCGCUGAAUGUUCUUUCUCAAAAUAUGCCACAAAUGGAAAUUGUUUAAAUUGCCAUGAGUCAUGUAAUGGAUGUAAAGGACCAAGAAAUACAAUUGCUGAUGACGGUUGCAUCGAUUGUGACAACAUCAUUUUCAAUGGAACACUUCAGAAAUGUUUGAAGAAGAAUUCGACAUGUCCUGAUGGAUAUUUCAAAGAAUAUGUUGGACCUUACGAUAAAGUCUUAGCUGGAAAAUCAAUUUGCCGUCAAUGCCAUCCACGUUGCAAACAAUGCACUGGCUUCGGGUUCCAUGAAAGUGUUUGCUCGGAAUGUGCACGCUAUCGGCGAGGUGAACAAUGUGAAGAUGAAUGUGGCGAGAAUCAAUACGCUGAUGAAGAGAAAAAAACUUGUGAACCAUGUCACGAUGAAUGUCAAAGAUGUCGAGGUCCAGGUCCAAAUAAUUGCCACGAUUGUCGUCAUUUGAAGAUCUUUCAUGAUGGCGUUUCAUCAGAAAAUUAUAUCAACACAACUGAGUUCAACUGCACAUUCAUUUGUCCACCUGACAGACGAUACAAAAUCUUCCCCGAAGCUAAUGACAAUAAAAAUCGACCAUAUUGCUCAGCUGACAAGCCCGAUGUCUUCAACUUCCGAUCUGACGAAGACGACUAUUUAAUGCCAACGGGACCAAAUCAAUCCCAACCCACAACCGGUUAUAUGGAUUUAGGCGGCGUCUCACAGCCAGCAAUUGAUAAUCCCGAAUACUUACUUAACUCUAAUCCUGCAGCGAAUAUUGUAACAAUAAGUAGUACUGUUAAGGAGAAUAACUUCCAAAAUAUGAAUAAUAAUAGUUUACUGAGUAACUUGAAUAAUGUUCAGAUCAAAACUGACACAAAUAACAUGCCAACACAAACGCUUGGCAUUCCUUUAACAAAUUCCGGUGAACCAAUUUCAGAUCACGAAUAUUAUAAUGACUUGCAGAGAGAGUUACAACCGUUGCAAAAUUCUCGAAGCGAGACAACUGUGUAA